UUCAGUAGACCUUCAGCAACUUGUUAAUCUGGUUCACCGAUUUAUAAAAAUGCAGGAAGCAAUGGACGCACGGAGCGGUUUGCCCUCCGGACGAGAAACAGUUUAGAGCACCUGAGGGGGAUUUCAUUACCUGCUGCGAAGUCAGUCUGACACUGGGACCAAGACGGAGCUGCAGCUAGAAGGCGAAUUUCGUUGAAUUCCUCAAUUCCAGCUCGCCAUCUCCAGGACAAGUCCUACCGGUUGUUUGAAACUGAAUCUCACUUCCCCGUGUCGGGGCGUCGGGCCGUGAUUCAGCGGUAGUCGUGGUGACGGAGAGCUGACCUCAGCUCACCUUCCCCGGGCUCGAACCCGCUACAGCACCGCAGAGGACGGCUUCUCUUUGAUAACAUACGUUUAAACCACUGCGGUUACACGAUUGGAGAAGAAACAUAAUACACCAUUAUCAUCAUCACACCCGCAGCUACACGCCCAUGCUCCGGCCUGUCAGAGACCAUCUGCGACAGGAAGCAGUGCACCAGAGAACUACAAAUCCCAACAGCAGGACAGCUGUGAUAUAACGGGAUGUUAAGGACCCCGUCAAGGAGCUGAAGUGCUUCUGCAUCACAGCAACACCAGAGCUCCAUUAUAGGUCCGUUGAAGGGGUUGUGUUCAUCUGGAUGAUACAGGCAGGCUGAUCAACGAUGACUGGAAAUCAGAUGUGACUGUGAAUAUGUGCAUCCCCCCCUCCCCUAGCACCCUCAAGAUAAAGAUAGGUUAUCUGUGUAGUCAUGCACAGUCCUGCUCAUGACAUCAUGUCGGGAUACCCGAGUGGAUGUGUGGCGGACAACGAUGCAAAUCCGGAGACAACCUUGGGGAGCGCCUAUUCCCCCGUGGACUACAUGAGCAUCACCAGCUUCCCCAGGCUGCCAGAGGACGAUGUGAUGGCCGGGGAAAACGCCCUCAAGUCUCGCAAAGAUGAUGACAACAUGCUGAGUGAGCAAGACACAGACCCAGAUCUGUUUCUGAAGUCAGCUCGCCUCCAGCGUCUCCCUUCCUCUGCCUCAGACCUGGCCUGCCAUGACGUGUCCCUACAGGAGACGAACAUUGACCCCUUCACAGAAGACUGUGCUUGCCAGCGAGAUGGAAUGACUGUCAUCAUCACAGCCUGUCUCACCUUCGCCACAGGGGUCACGGUGGCUCUCAUCAUGCAGAUCUACUUUGGAGACCCACAGGUCUUUAACCAAGGAGCGGUGGUGACGGACGUGGCUCAGUGUACAUCGCUGGGCUUCAGUGUUCUGGAGAAGCAGGGCUCCAGUGUUGAUGCCGCCAUCACUGCGGCCCUCUGCUUGGGAAUUGUCCAUCCCCACACCUCUGGUAUAGGAGGAGGUGGAGUUAUGUUGGUGCAUGACAUCCGUAAGAAUGAAACGAGGGUCAUCGAUUUCAGGGAGACGGCCCCAUCUGCCAUCAACGAGGAGAUGAUGAGGACUAACCUUGAUCAAAAUCCUGGCCUGCUGGUGGGCACACCAGGCAUGCUCAGUGGGAUGCACCAGGCACACCAGCUCUAUGGCAGGAUGUCAUGGAAGGAUGUGGUUACCAUGGCAGCAGAUGUGGCCAGAGAUGGAUUUAAUGUCACCCAUGACUUAGCUGAGGCUCUGGCUAAAGUUAAGGACCAAAACACCUCAGAUGCAUUCCGGGCAUUGUUCCUCCCCAACGGCCAGGCUCCUCUCUCUGGAUUGUUCACCAGACGUCUGGAUUUGGCAGCCAUAUUGGAGGCUGUUGCAGAAAAGGGGAUACCGGAGUUCUACAGUGGUAACCUGACGCAGGAGAUGGAGGCUGCGGUUCAAGCUAAAGGUGGAGUGCUCACAGACGAUGACUUUGGAAACUACAGUACAGUCUUACAGCAGCCUGCAGAGAUCACCUAUCAGGGACAUCAUGUGAUGGUGGCCUCAGCUCCACAUGCAGGAGUGGCCCUGAUCACUGCUCUCAACAUCCUGGAAGGCUACAACAUCACCAGCCAGGUUUUCAGGAACAGCACCUACCACUGGAUUGCGGAGUCUGUGAAGAUAGCCUUGGCCCUGGCUAGUGGGCUGGGAGACCCCCUGUUUGACACGUCUGUCUCUGAGAUUGUUACCAAGAUGCAGAGCAAAUCACAAGCCUCCCUGCUCCGUAAGAUGAUCAAUGACUCCCAGGCUCUACCCGCCAGCCAUUACACUCCAUCAUUUACCUUGGAGGAGGGUGCAGCAGCUGCCCAGGUCAUGGUCAUGGGUCCAGAUGACUACAUUGUGUCAUUCAUGAGCUCUCUAAACAAACCAUUUGGCAGCGGGAUAGUGACGCCCUCAGGAAUCCUUCUGAACAGCCAGAUCCUGGACUUCACUUGGCCCAAUAAAACGCAGAGUUCAUCACCUAACCCACACAACAACCUCCAGCCUGGGAAGAGGCCCAUGUCCUUUCUGAUGCCCACAGCAGUGAGGCCAGCCGUGGGGUUAUGUGGCACAUACGUGGCCAUUGGAUCUUCCAAUGGGGAGAAAGCUCUCAGUGGCAUUACACAGGUGCUGAUGAAUGUUUUGUCUUCACGUAAAAACAUGAGUGACAGUGUAGCGUAUGGACGGCUCCACCCACAGCUGGAGCCCAACACCCUCCUGGUGGACUCUGAGUUUCUAGAUGAAGACGUGGCGCUGCUGCAGAUCAAAGGACACAAAGUUGAGAGGAAAGACGUUCUCUCAUUAGUGGAGGGCACCCGAAGAACCAAUGACCUCAUCAUUGGGGUGAAGGACCCCCGAAGUGCUGACGCAUCUGCCCUCACUAUGUCCAUCCUGCCCUAGUGUGUAACCCGCACUCACACAUAAAAAAAGAAAGGGUACACUUUAAGAGAAAGUUACUGAGUAAGGAGGCGAAUUAAGAACCAGUUCACUAAACAGAAUUUAAGACCAACAUGCUGAGGAAAAUAUACUACUUCAGACAUGCAUCUUUCUCUGAAAUCACUCAUUUGAAUCCACUUAUAAAUUUGUUUGCCAACAAAAUAAAAAUAAACACCAUUUCACACAUAUCAAAGUUGGUAUGCCCACUCUAAUGUGCAAUCCCAGUGUAGAUAGUGUGGAAAAUAUAUGUCAAUCCCCUUAGAAGCAUCAAAGAUUGCAGUCUAUAUUAUCCAGGGAAGGGUAUGGAAAGGCAAGCUGUGCUCAUAAUAUCUGCAUUCCAUGUUCUUCUUAAAACAGGCAAUGAACUCCAGAGGGUUUGGAUGGAUUUACUUCUGGGGUGUCAGAAAACGAUAAUAGAAAAUCAGGAUGGCUUUUGAAGCUUUUCUUUAACAGCUUGCUUUUAGAAUUCGUGAUCAGUAGUUCUGAUGUAAAUUAAUGGUGAACAAACAGAUUUUCUGUAUGAAGGAGCAGACAAUGAUGCCACACAAGGACGCCACCAUUUACAGCACUUGCAUGGUCCUCUAUUCAAAGUACUUGUUCAAAACUAGUGUUUAGGCCGAGUGUCAUCACAAAAUAACUAGACGAUCCUAAACUGAACCAUUUAAUCUCCUGCUUUUUAUAUGGCAUGUGACUGUGAUUAGAUGUUGUUUGGUUCAGCUGCUUCCACUGUUGUGAACAAUCAAUAGCUCAUCAGGAGCUUCUUUAAACAAAAAACACAUCCGCUUCAGUUUAACUGGUGUUAUAUAUCACUCAUCAUAGAAGAAGUUAUUUAAAUACAUAAGUUAAACAUUUUUAGUUGUUGCUUUACUUUGUUGUCAAUCAAAGCUUGUGGAAUAGAGCUUUUUGGGGGGAAGGGAUACUUGUUUUUAGAAAGGAAAUCUUUAGAGAUGGAUUGAAUGUAAUCUGUCUAUUUUUAUAUGAACAUUUGUUGGGCUGUAUACAUUAUUUCUACUAGUGUAACACAAUGCAUUCCACCAGCUGCUGUGUACCUCUAUCAUUUGUAAUUAUUUCCGGCAUUAUAUUUAAAGUAAGAAGCAUUUGUCAAGCAGUGCAUUCUAAAAGCUGUUGAAAUGAUAUCCAGCAUGGCCAGUGCUGAGUUAACAAACAUUCCCUCAACCUUUUGCCUCUGUUGUUGGGUGCCAGUGCAAUACGACUUUUGAUGCUUGUUUUCUUGUACUGUAGAGUACCACGCCUUAAGGCAAACAUUUGCACAACACCCGAUGUUUGAUUCCAUGUGUAUUUGUAUCUGAUUUUAUUAAAAAUCAGCACUGUACAAGCCUAAGAAAUAAAAUGUUUUGACAUCACAUCAUCA